AUGGUGACUGUCGAGGAGGUCCGCAGGGCGGAAGGGGCCAUGGGGCCAGCCACCAUCUUAGCCAUCGGAACGGCCACUCCUCUGAAUUGUGUUAAUCAAAGUACAUAUCCUGAUUAUUUUUUCCGUGUCACUAAAAGCGAGCAUAAGACGGAGCUUAAAGAGAAGUUUAAGCGCAUGUGUGAUGCAUCAAUGAUUAAGAAGAGGUACCUGCAUUUAACAGAAGAAAUCUUGAAAGAGAACCCUAGUAUUUGUGAACACAUGGAACCUUCUUUUGAUACUAGGCAAAACAUAGUGAUAGUUGAAAUUCCAAAACUUGGCCAAGAGGCGUCCCAAAAAGCCAUCAACGAAUGGGGUCAAUCAAAAUUCAAGAUUACCCAUUUGAUCUUUUGCACCACUAGUGGAGUGGACAUGCCAGGAGCCGACUAUCAGCUCACUAAGCUACUUGAGCUUAGUCCAUCAAUAAAACGAUUCAUGUUGUACCAGCAAGGUUGCUAUGGUGGUGGCGCCGCUCUCCGAUUGGCCAAGGACUUGGCAGAGAAUAAUAAGGAUGCUCGAGUUCUCGUUGUUUGCGCAGAAAUUGCGGUGCAAACCUUCCAUGGCCCAAGCGACACUGAAUUGGAAGGUUUGGUUGGACAAGUCCUUUUUGCUGAUGGGGCAGCUGCGGUCAUUAUUGGAUCAGACCCAAUUUUAGAAGUGGAAAGAUCUUUAUUUGAGCUUGUCUAUGCAACUCAAACUCUUCUCCCGAAUACUGGAUAUGCGGUUUAUGGUACUACACUACUACUAGAGAAGUUGGGAUGA